CUUCUUUUCUCAUUGCCUUCAUCAGUCAGUCGUAACUCAAAUCUUCAUACGCAAUGGCAGACCAAAUCCUCUCCUAUGCAAUCAAGGGCAUUGCUGGUGGUAUUGGACUCGCAUCUGAAAGCAUCACCGCUCACAAGAACAAGAAGCGUGCGAAGUCGCAGGUACGCGACGAGCAGAGCAGAAGUCCCGGAGAAUUGAGCCGCUCAAACUCAGACGACGAGAAGCAUCACGAAGAGAAAGACGAAGACCAAUGGGCUCUCGACGAUGCUCAAGAUGAACUCAUCCCAAUACAUUCUCCUCCCACAUCACCAGGAUCGACCGAGAAACCAAUUACAGACGUCAAGAUUCUUAUUGACAUCUUCGUUCAAACACACCCUCUGCCAAACUUUGCCGACCUCCCACCGGCUCCAAGAUUGCCAUUCCCAGUGGUACUUCCUCAGCGACGACCAAAGAAUAGAGCGCGAGGCUUCAUUCGAGCUUAUGCGCCAGUUCUCAUGAAUGCUGGUAUUGACCAAGCAACAUUUCUCGAGUAUCUCGAGCUCUUCAACAAAGCUAGUCAAGCUUCUCCAUGGCUGAAUGCGAUCAAUUUGGCUGGACUUGCUUUCUCCUCCCUGCCUGCAGGUAUCUCCAUGGCGAUCGGAAUUGCCAUCGCUAUCUCAGUGAAGGUGGCUAUGGAAAUGCAAAGUCGUUAUCGAACAAACACAUUCCUUGAUCGCCUCAAUGAUGAAUUCUUCCGUCCCCGAGGCCUCUUCUGCCUUAUCCUGACCUGGAAUCCCGAAUCACCAGAUAGUCACCACAACGUGAACCUCGCUUCAACACUCGACUCCUCAUCCUCUACCCCAUCAUCAGGGAUUUCAAAGCUUCACCACAAAUUCCAAUCCUCAUCUGGAAGCACUUACGGCGAGCUCGAGUUCCCUGAGACCGCGCCUCUCAUCUACCCAGCUCUCGAUCAUCUUGAAUCUCAAGAAGGAGAACAAGCAAUGAAGCUAAGACAAAGGCUGAUAAAGAAGCAUGAGUUCAUUGACUCAUACUGGGACAAGAGAGCACAAGCCAAGUACGCCGCAAAAAAUCCAGACAGUAUGCUGGCCCAAGGUCCAAAGCCAGAGUUCACCAGUCGAUACGCAGAUCCCAAUCAUCCAGCCACUAGUGGAAACUUGGUCUCGCUGCUCACUGGAGGACAUAUCAAUCCCCCUUCACGACGAGAUAUGAUGAUGCAACGGCAGGAUAUGAUGUGGGGACGACGGGAUAUGAUGAUGCAGCAGAGACAAGGUAUGAUGCAACAGAGGCAGGGUUUCGGUGGGUUUGGUCGCAUGGAUGCCUUUUCUGCCAGGUUGGAUCCAUACAACCAGUAUGGAGGCAGAGGCCAAAUGGCUGAGUACAAUCAAAAUCAACAAUACAACACCAGAGACCAAAUGACCAGCGGCAGGAGAUCGAUGGACGAAAGAGAGUAUGAAGACUCCGGCGACAGAAACCCAGCUGAGCCAAGAAAGUCUAUGGAAGAAAGACAAACUUCCCAGUAUCUGGAUCCAAACUACAACGCAUAUGGAAGACAGCAAAUGAAUGCUUCAUAUAGUAGUGGAUAUGGAGGCGGAUACGGAGGUGGUCUUGGAGCAUUCGGAACCUAUAGCGCUCCUGCUCUUUUGAAGAAAGGAGUCAAGAAGGUCUUGGGAAAGAACGUUUUCUACAUGAUGGUUGUCAAUAUGCCUUCAGAUGAAGAUAUGGUUAUUGCCAAUGAACAUGUCGAUGCAUCAGACAAGGAAGCCCAGCAACAAAGUUGAGAUAUAUGUGAAUGCGCCGAAUUGAUGUUCUGUUUUGGUGUUUUUUACUAGAUAUAGAUUCAUAUAUUACGACUGAUUGUUCAACUGCGGAGAGUUUUGACUGCCAAGUCAAGUGCGGGGUCAAUUCCGCCCUU